GUCUCCCCACGCUGCUGCUGGGGGGACUUUUUAACAUAGGCCUCUGGCCUGUGUAUGGCCUUCAAUUGAAGCUGCUUCUGCUCCGCCACUCUGCCAUUGGACUCUUGAUAGUCGUCUCCCCACACUGCUGCUGGGGGGACUUUUUAACAUAGGCCUCUGUAUGGCCUUCAAUUUAAGCUGCUUACGCUUCGCCACUCUGCCAUGGGCCCCUGUACCGCCUCCUCUUGCUGCUGCCCUGCCAGGUGUCCAGAGUGUGUCAUGGGUCCCUGUACGGCCUCCCAUUGCUGCUGACUUCAUCGCCAGACUCUGCCAUGUGCCACUUUCAGGUCUCCUUACACUGUUGGUGGGUUCCAUUUUGUGAUAGGGUGCUGU